GGGAGGAGGAGCCCCGGGAGCUGGGCGCGGGGCGGCGAGCUGAGAUGUGGCCGGCCCGUCGGCGUGUAAACACAGGCAGCAGCAGCAGCAGCAGCGGCCGCCCGGGCCCCGGGCACUGAGCGCGCCCGCUGAGACCUGCCCGACACCACUGCCAUGGCCGAAGUGCGCAAAUUCACCAAGCGGCUGAGCAAGCCAGGCACGGCAGCCGAGCUCCGCCAGAGCGUGUCGGAGGCCGUGCGGGGCUCCGUGGUGCUGGAAAAGGCCAAGUUAGUUGAACCCCUGGACUAUGAAAAUGUUAUCACCCAACGGAAAACCCAGAUCUACAGCGAUCCCCUCAGAGAUCUGCUUAUGUUCCCCAUGGAAGACAUAUCUAUUUCAGUGAUUGGUCGUCAGCGCAGAACAGUGCAGUCUACUGUACCAGAAGAUGCUGAAAAGAGGGCCCAGAGCUUAUUUGUCAAAGAGUGUAUUAAGACCUACAGCACAGAUUGGCAUGUGGUGAACUAUAAGUAUGAGGAUUUCUCUGGGGACUUUCGGAUGUUACCAUGCAAGUCUUUGAGACCCGAAAAGAUUCCUAAUCAUGUGUUUGAGAUUGAUGAAGACUGCGAGAAAGAUGAGGAUUCAUCUUCUUUAUGUUCUCAGAAGGGUGGUGUGAUAAAACAAGGUUGGUUGCAUAAAGCAAAUGUAAAUAGCACCAUCACAGUAACCAUGAAGGUGUUCAAGAGACGGUAUUUUUAUUUGACUCAACUUCCUGAUGGUUCAUAUAUUCUCAAUUCUUAUAAAGAUGAGAAAAAUUCCAAAGAGUCUAAAGGUUGCAUCUACUUGGAUGCCUGCAUUGAUGUUGUUCAGUGCCCCAAAAUGCGCCGUCAUGCUUUUGAACUCAAGAUGUUAGAUAAGUAUAGCCAUUAUCUGGCAGCUGAAACUGAGCAGGAAAUGGAGGAAUGGUUGAUAACGUUGAAAAAGAUUAUUCAGAUCAAUACUGACAGUUUAGUGCAAGAGAAAAAAGACACAGUCGAGGCAAUACAAGAGGAGGAAACUAGCAGCCAAGGAAAAGCCGAGAACAUCAUGGCCAGUUUGGAAAGGAGCAUGCAUCCGGAACUGAUGAAGUAUGGCAGAGAAACAGAACAGCUGAACAAACUCAGUAGAGGAGACGGAAGACAGAAUCUCUUUUCUUUCGACUCAGAGGUUCAGAGGUUAGACUUUUCAGGAAUUGAGCCUGAUGUAAAGCCAUUUGAAGAAAAGUGCAACAAGCGUUUCAUGGUAAAUUGCCAUGAUUUAACUUUCAAUAUCUUAGGUCACAUUGGAGACAAUGCAAAAGGACCACCCACAAAUGUUGAGCCCUUUUUCAUCAACCUUGCCUUAUUUGAUGUAAAGAACAAUUGUAAAAUUUCAGCAGACUUUCAUGUAGAUUUGAACCCACCCUCUGUCCGUGAAAUGCUGUGGGGUACCUCGACACAACUGACCAAUGAUGGGAAUGCAAAGAGCUAUUCUCCUGAGUCUCUUAUCCAUGGAAUUGCUGAGUCUCAGUUAUGCUACAUAAAGCAGGGAAUCUUCUCAGUGACGAACCCACAUCCUGAAAUUUUUCUUGUUGUGAGAAUUGAAAAGGUGCUGCAGGGAAACAUCACACACUGUGCAGAACCCUACAUCAAAAACUCAGAUCCGAUAAAGGCAGUUACAGGAACUGCCUGUUGCUCUUUUGCCAGACCCAUUUUCAAAGAUAUUCAGGGCUCUCUGGAUCUGGAUGGGAGAUUUUCCCCUUUUUAUAAACAAGACAGUAGCAAGCUUUCAAAUGAAGAUAUUCUCAAGUUGCUCUCAGAAUACAAAAAGCCAGAAAAGACAAAAUUGCAGAUUAUCCCUGGACAGCUGAAUAUCACAGUGGAAUGUGUUCCUGUAGAUUUACCAAAUUGUAUUACCUCUUCAUAUGUGCCCCUGAAGCCUUUUGAAAAGAAUUGUCAGAAUAUUACUGUGGAGGUUGAAGAGUUUGUUCCAGAAAUGACAAAAUAUUGUUAUCCAUUCACUAUUUACAAAAACCAUCUGUAUGUAUAUCCCUUGCAAUUAAAAUAUGACAGCCAGAAAUCGUUUGCCAAGGCUAGGAACAUUGCUGUCUGUGUGGAAUUCCGGGAUUCGGAUGAAAGUGAUGCAUCUGCACUAAAGUGCAUUUAUGGAAAACCAGCAGGGUCUGUUUUUACCACAAAUGCUUAUGCUGUGGUCUCACAUCACAACCAAAAUCCGGAGUUCUAUGAUGAGAUCAAACUUGAGCUUCCCAUUCACCUGCACCAGAAGCAUCACUUGCUUUUUACUUUUUAUCAUGUGAGUUGUGAAAUCAACACAAAAGGAACAACCAAAAAGCAAGACACAGUGGAAACUCCAGUUGGAUUUGCCUGGGUACCUUUGCUGAAGGAUGGGAGAGUCAUCACAUUGGAGCAGCAGCUGCCAGUCUCAGCCAAUCUUCCCCCAGGCUACUUGAAUGUGAAUGAUGCUGAAUCAAGAAGGCAAUCGAAUGCAGAUAUCAAGUGGGUAGAUGGUGCAAAGCCUUUGCUGAAGAUUAAGACCCACUUAGAAUCAACCAUUUAUACUCAGGAUCUGCAUGUGCACAAAUUCUUCCAUCAUUGCCAGCUGAUUCAGUCGGGCUCAAAAGAAGUUCCAGGGGAACUCAUUAAAUAUUUAAAGUGUUUGCAUGCCAUGGAGAUCCAAGUCAUGAUACAGUUUCUACCUGUAAUUCUUAUGCAACUCUUCCGAGUUCUCACAAACAUGACCCAUGAAGAUGACGUUCCCAUCAACUGCACCAUGGUUCUAUUACACAUUGUGUCAAAGUGUCAUGAAGAAGGCUUGGAGAGCUACUUAAGAUCCUUCAUAAAGUAUAGCUUCAGACCUGAAAAACCAAGCACUCUUCAGGCCCAGUUGAUACAUGAAACCCUCGCUACUACAAUGAUAGCAAUAUUGAAACAGUCUGCAGAUUUCUUAGCCAUAAAUAAACUUCUAAAGUACUCAUGGUUUUUCUUUGAAAUAAUUGCAAAGUCGAUGGCCACAUACUUAUUGGAAGAGAAUAAAAUUAAGCUCCCCAGAGGCCAGAGGUUUCCUGAGGCAUAUCAUCACAUCUUACAUUCUCUGCUUCUUGCAAUAAUUCCCCAUGUCACCAUUCGCUAUGCAGAGAUUCCUGAUGAGUCCCGAAAUGGGAAUUAUAGCUUAGCCAGCUUUCUAAAGCGCUGCUUGACACUGAUGGACAGAGGAUUUGUUUUCAAUUUGAUAAAUGACUAUAUAUCAGGAUUUAGCCCCAAGGAUCCUAAGGUUCUUGCUGAAUACAAGUUUGAAUUUCUCCAAACAAUCUGCAAUCAUGAACAUUAUAUUCCUCUGAACUUGCCAAUGGCAUUUGCAAAACCUAAAUUACAGAGAGUUCAAGAUUCCAAUCUUGAAUACAGUUUAUCAGAUGAGUAUUGCAAGCAUCACUUCUUGGUUGGUCUACUUCUGCGAGAAACCUCCAUUGCUCUUCAAGACAACUAUGAGAUCAGAUAUACAGCUAUCUCAGUCAUAAAGAAUCUUUUGAUAAAACAUGCAUUUGAUACUAGAUACCAGCACAAGAACCAGCAAGCCAAAAUAGCGCAGUUGUACCUCCCAUUUGUUGGACUGCUCUUGGAAAAUAUCCAGCGACUGGCAGGCCGAGAUACUCUGUAUUCCUGUGCAGCCGUGCCUAGUUCUGCAUCCAGAGAUGAGUUUCCAUGUGGCUUUGUUUCACCUACAAACAGAGGGAGCCUGGCCAGUGACAAAGACACAGCCUAUGGGUCUUUUCAAAAUGGUCAUGGAAUUAAGAGGGAAGAUUCAAGAGGUUCCCUUAUUCCUGAAGGAGCAACAGGAUUUCCAGACCCUGGGAGCACUAGUGAAAACACCCGACAGAGUUCUUCACGGAGUAGUGUAUCCCAGUAUAAUCGUCUGGAUCAGUAUGAAAUCAGAAACCUCUUGAUGUGCUACUUAUACAUAGUAAAGAUGAUUUCUGAAGAUACUCUCUUGACUUACUGGAAUAAAGUAUCUCCCCAGGAGCUCAUAAACAUUCUGGUACUUCUAGAAGUAUGUUUGUUUCACUUCCGAUAUAUGGGGAAAAGAAACAUAGCAAGGGUACAUGAUGCCUGGCUACCCAAACACUUUGGAAUAGAUAGAAAAUCACAAACUAUGCCAGCUCUUCGAAACAGAUCAGGGGUGAUGCAAGCUCGGCUUCAACAUCUCAGCAGCUUAGAAAGCUCAUUCACACUUAAUCACAGUUCUGCAACAACGGAAGCAGACAUUUUCCACCAGGCACUUCUGGAAGGCAAUACUGCUACUGAAGUGUCUCUGACAGUGCUAGACACGAUCUCCUUUUUCACCCAAUGCUUCAAGAACCAACUUUUAAAUAAUGAUGGCCACAACCCACUAAUGAAAAAAGUAUUUGAUAUUCACCUUGCUUUUCUUAAAAAUGGACAAUCUGAAGUAUCACUGAAGCAUGUCUUUGCCUCACUGCGAUCUUUCAUCAGUAAGUUUCCCUCAGCCUUUUUCAAAGGAAGGGUAAACAUGUGUGCUGCAUUUUGCUAUGAGGUUUUAAAGUGCUGUACUUCAAAGAUUAGCUCAACCAGGAAUGAGGCAUCUGCACUUUUGUAUCUUUUGAUGAGAAACAACUUUGAAUAUACCAAGAGGAAAACCUUUCUGAGGACACACUUGCAGAUAAUCAUUGCUGUGAGUCAGCUUAUAGCUGACGUAGCACUAAGUGGAGGAUCGAGAUUUCAGGAGUCUUUAUUCAUUAUCAAUAACUUUGCAAAUAGCGACAGACCUAUGAAGGCAACUGCUUUUCCCACAGAAGUCAAAGAUUUGACCAAGAGGAUCCGCACCGUUCUUAUGGCCACUGCCCAAAUGAAGGAACAUGAGAAAGACCCUGAAAUGCUAAUUGAUCUCCAGUAUAGCUUAGCUAAAUCUUAUGCCAGCACACCAGAGCUGAGGAAAACUUGGCUUGACAGUAUGGCCAAAAUUCAUAUAAAAAAUGGAGAUUUUUCUGAGGCUGCAAUGUGUUAUGUCCAUGUAGCAGCUCUAGUUGCAGAAUUUCUUCACCGAAAGAAAUUAUUCCCUAGUGGGUGUUCAGCGUUCAAGAAAAUUACUCCCAAUAUAGAUGAAGAAGGAGCCAUGAAAGAAGAUGCUGGAAUGAUGGAUGUUCAUUACAGUGAAGAGGUUUUGCUGGAGUUACUAGAACAGUGUGUGGAUGGUUUGUGGAAGGCAGAGCGAUAUGAAGUAAUUUCUGAGAUUUCCAAGUUGAUUAUUCCAAUUUAUGAGAAACGCCGUGAAUUUGAGAAACUGACUCAAGUCUAUAGAACUCUCCAUGGCGCUUACACAAAGAUUUUGGAGGUUAUGCACACCAAAAAACGACUUUUAGGUACUUUCUUUAGAGUUGCCUUUUAUGGCCAGUCUUUUUUUGAAGAAGAAGAUGGAAAAGAGUACAUCUAUAAAGAACCCAAGCUCACUGGUCUUUCAGAGAUUUCCUUGAGACUUGUGAAACUUUACGGUGAAAAAUUUGGUACUGAAAAUGUCAAAAUAAUUCAGGAUUCAGACAAGGUAAAUGCCAAAGAGCUUGAUCCAAAAUUCGCUCAUAUACAAGUCACUUAUGUGAAGCCUUAUUUUGAUGACAAAGAACUCACAGAAAGAAAGACGGAGUUUGAAAGAAAUCAUAAUAUCAACAGAUUUGUUUUUGAGGCCCCGUACACAUUGUCAGGCAAGAAACAAGGCUGCAUUGAAGAACAGUGCAAACGUCGUACUAUCUUGACCACUUCAAACUCAUUUCCAUAUGUAAAAAAGAGGAUCCCUAUAAACUGUGAACAGCAGGUGAAUUUAAAACCAAUUGAUGUUGCUACGGAUGAAAUUAAAGAUAAAACUGCAGAGCUACACAAGCUCUGCUCCUCUGCUGACGUGGACAUGAUUCAGCUUCAGCUAAAGUUGCAGGGCUGUGUCUCUGUGCAGGUCAAUGCUGGUCCGUUAGCAUAUGCGAGGGCUUUCUUAAAUGAAAGUCAAGCUAACAAGUAUCCACCUAAGAAAGUGAAUGAGUUGAAGGACAUGUUUAGAAAAUUCAUACAAGCAUGCAGCAUUGCACUUGAACUAAAUGAGCGGCUAAUUAAAGAGGAUCAAAUUGAGUACCAUGAAGGGCUAAAGUCAAAUUUCAGAGACAUGGUAAAAGAACUGUCUGACAUUAUCCAUGAGCAGAUAUUACAAGAAGAUACAAUGCAUUCUCCCUGGAUGAACAACACAUUACAUGUAUUUUGUGCAAUUAGUGGUACAUCAAGUAACAGAGGUUAUGGUUCCCCAAGAUACGCUGAAGUAUGAAGAGAUUUGGAAGGAAAUGGCAAUGAGACUGACCUUUCUCAGGAAUAUUUGGAGCUGUGCAAAUGUUAGCAUUUAGAGAUUUGAUAUGUGUGGAGUGUUGCCUCCUGACACCAAAAUCGUCAUGCUUUCAUACAGGGUGCUUACGUAUCUGUAAAUAUUUAAGCAACUCGAAAGUGCCUGAAAAAAUUGCAGCACUGUGCUUGCUUUGUACUUUUUUAGGUAAAUCUAUAUGCUGAAAAGUAGAGCUCAAAACCAUUCGUUCAAUUUGCUUAGUUACCACUUACUAAUAAUGAGAAUAUGUAAAAUUGUAUAAUGGAACCCAAUAAAAGGUAAAAAAACUUAUUUGUAAUU